UGCAUUAAAGCCGGAGCUGCCGCAGCUGCACACACACACAUCAAAGGCUCUCUUCCUCCUCUUCUUCCUCCUCCUCUUCUUCCUCCUCCUCCUCCUCCUCCUCCACACUGCAGCUCUCAUCACCGUCGGCCGCCCUCCUGGAUGGUGGAGCCAUUUAUUCUGCUGCUUUCGUUUUUUUUUUUAUAAACAUAUAUAAACAGCCAGCGGGAUAACGGUGUCCGGGGCUGCGUGACCGUCCGGGACGUGAUACGGACAUAACGCUCCGAAUUGUACUGACCUACACGUCGAGCCGCGUCAGGAUGCCGCACUGAGGAGAACCCGCGCACAGGCUCCCCGGUUCGUGCUCAUCCCGAGGCUGCAGUGCGCGGAGGGGGGAUUGCGGCGCGACAAGGUGAAUAAUCCCCGCCAAUAAAGGGUCGUCUCUGUGUGCGGGGAGCCGACUUGAAAGGGUGAACAUCGCCCCUGUGCGGGGGGAUCGGCGGAGAUAUUAAAAAAAAAAAAAAAAAAAAAAAAAAAUUAUGGCCACCCUACUGCGGAAGAUCGGUCUGAUCCGUCUGCACGACCGAGACACGGAGGACCCCAAGCACCACCAGGGCUCGUUCAAGGGGACCAAGGGCAGCCAGAAGAACAACGCCAACAAGCACUGUCAGACGGCCAACGAGAGCAACAUCCUGAGCACGCCGGAGAUCAAGGCGAGGAAGCUGGACCAGCACGGCAAGGACAAGCCGAGCGGCAGGGACAAGCAGGGCAAGGAUGCGAGGGAGAAGCAGCAGACGGCGGGAGGCGGGAGCAGGGCGACCGGCGCCUCCUCGAUAGCACCGCCGGCGCCCCAGCGGCAACACUGCACCCAGGUGCGGACGCGCAGGCUGAUGAAGGAGCUGCAGGAGAUCCGGCGGCUGGGGGACAACUUCAUCACGGUGGAGCUGGUGGAGGACAACCUGUACGACUGGAACGUCAAGCUGCACCAGGUGGACAAGGACUCGGCGCUGUGGCAGGACAUGAAGGAGACCUGCACCGAGUUCAUCCUGCUCAACGUCACCUUCCCCGACAACUUCCCCUUCUCGCCGCCGUUCAUGCGGGUGCUGACGCCGCGGCUGGAGAACGGCUACGUGCUGGACGGCGGCGCCAUCUGCAUGGAGCUGCUGACCCCCCGCGGGUGGUCCAGCGCCUACACGGUGGAGGCGGUCAUGAGGCAGUUCGCGGCCAGCCUCGUAAAGGGACAGGGACGUAUAUGUCGGAAAGCAGGGAAGUCCAAGAAAGCGUUCAGCCGCAAGGAAGCCGAGGCCACCUUCAAGUCCCUGGUGAAGACCCACGAGAAGUACGGCUGGGUGUCUCCGCCCGUGUCCGACGGCUGAGCGCUCCGCCGCCGACCCCCCUGACCCUCCGCGCUAGCCGGACAAACACAGCUAGCCCCCGACGCGCAAAACGACACACCACGCUGACUCAACGAUCCCCCUCAUCUUUACCUUUUGCUGUUGCACUCAAGAGAUUUUUUUCAGGUUUUUUUUUCUUUUUGCCUCUGUGUUGUUUUUCCUUAGAUUUUUGUUCCUCCAUUUCCACCAAAACUCUCAGAGAGGAGACGCACCAUCAUCAUCGUCGACUUUCACCCCCCCCCCACCCCCUCACACAGGGGGAUUCUUCUCCCCCAUUGGAAAAGCGCAAGAGGGAGUUUUGUGUGUGUGUGUGUGUGUGUGUGUGUGUGUGUCACUCCAUCGUAUAUAAGCUGGGAGUGUGUGCGCGUGCAUUGGGGGUGCGCUUUACUGUUGGUGGAUUCUUUUUUGUCUUUUCUUUUUCGGCGCACACCCAUGCUCGUGCAAGUCAGACAAAUCGAACUGCGGGGACUGUUCCACCCAUGCGAAUUACUACCAGAUGAAGGAGACUCAUCCUCCAUCCCGUCCCCUCCGCUCCUCUCCUCUCUCCCCAUCCCUCGCUCCCCUCUCUUGAGCAAUGAACUGGCAUCACUUCCCGCCAUCCCUUCCGCCGUAGCUGUCGGGUCAUUUACAUGUAAAUGAAGCUGUUAAUGUUUAAUAGACGGGCAGCGCAACUGGCGUUUAUACUCACUUAUUCACUCCUCAUUCCCCUGUUUCUUUCGACUGUGCCGUUGCUCACAGUUCAAUGCAACAUGAAGAUUGUAAUUUACACGGAGCUGUGCUCUCUCUCUUUCUCUGUCUUUCUUUCUUUAGCGCGCUCGCUCACUUUGUUUGUCUUUUCUUUCUCUCCGUCUCCUGUGGCUAAAUUUAGAGCUCGCUGUUGCGUAGAUGGAUAUCGAUUUUCGGACGGAGGAAAAAAAAGUCACACGUUGCUUUAUGCAGAGACUAUGUAUGAUAAAUAGAAUGACAGUCAAUCACCUCCCUUUCUUUCUCUCUCUACUCUCAUGUUAUAGUGUGUGUGCAUGUGUGUGUGUGUGUGUGUGUGUGUGUGUGUGGCAGGAAGGAGACUGUAAUUCCCAUGAUUCAGAUACCAGAUGGUACAGCUAAAUGCCAGGCCUCAGUGUCUGUGUGCGCCUGUGUGUGUGUGCACGCGCGCAUUUGAUUUAAAAAUAUGAUUUACUGUGAAUAACACUUAAGGCCUAAAGGGAGUGCUGUGUUUUUUUGUUUUUUUUUGCUAAAUUACUUGUUGCCGUCUUGUUCCACUGUCCAUGUCAGCUCCUGAAUGAUACUACUGUAGUACACGUGCGUGGUUGUGAGCGAAUAUCAACGUGCGCGUACCUUUCAUCACCGAUCCGUGCGAAAGAACUGAAGGUCAGUUCAAAAAAAACGUCGGAAAAAACGCUUCAGCAGUGCUUCAGAUGCACACACACACACACACACACACACACAAACGCAUUAAGUUUGUGCGCACACACUUGUUGCUUCCACCUGUGGCCUUAGCAGCGGCGGUAACACCUAGAGAAGAAGACAGACGGGAGCUCGAUUGCUGCCGUGGAUGCGGUGGUGCUCUAAUUGAGGGCUCGCUUCGCGGCCCACCUGAUUCAUGUCUGCCGAAAGGGAGGCAACGGGGAGGCGGAAGGGAAUCGUGGGAGCUUUGAUCACCGCUCCUCAGAAAUGUCAGGCGGCUCCCAAAAUGGCCGAAGACAGUUAAUAUUUGCUCCGCCUGCUGCGAGUACUCGGGAGACACACUGUUCCUUAGUUCCAGCCUAUAGAAAGGACUUCAUCAAUAUCUAAUAUUAACUCUACAGCUGCGGCGACGUCAGUCUCGCAGACUGUCCGUCCGUCCGGACCAGUGGGCCCCUUGUGUGCGUUUGUUUCGCCGUCUCCCGGUUAAAUGUCAGAGGGAGAGCUGCUAAUUGGUCUGACAUUUCUGCCGAGCGUCGUUAGAGAAGAGCAGCGAGAGCAGAAGGACGGAGGAUGUCGAAACCUCCCGCUCGGCAAUGACAUUCUCUCACUUUCCGCUCCUGCCCUGUUUCUUUCAAUGGUGGGGGGGGGAGUAUGGAGGCGCAGAAAGUGGCUUUCGCCGAGGGGAGACAGGGGUAUAGUAGCCGGAAGGUGCCAGUCAAGCUCUCAGCAGGUACAACCGUCGUCCUCACCCGGGAGGCCUAGAGCGAUGGGCCCGAGGCCAAGCCGCGCGGCCAGCAUGCCACGCUUGGAUGGGGUCGCGCCGCUGCAUCUCAAAGUCCCCUCGUGUUGCAUUCGCGGUCGAAUAACACAACUUCCGCCCGUGUGUGAAUGCAUGUGUGAGCAAACGCGCGUGUUCUGCUCCCGCCGUGGUGAAAAAAAAGAGACAAAAAAAAUCAAAGAAACACCAUCUGGUAUGUGAUCGUGUACGAAAGCGUUAGUCCUCUUCGAAUUUGGCCAGUGGUUUCAGGAUCGAUCGUACAGUGACCUCUCGGCUUUGUCGGCGGAGAAAAAACUAUAGAACGGAAUUGUAACGAAGACAAAAUAUCUCAAAAGCUCAGUGUGUGCUGGUUUCAAGAGAAUCAUUUUGUGAUAUAGUUUAGAUUGGUAGUUUGCAGACACUAACUGGGUGAACUGAUUAUGUUGUAUUAUAUCUGCAUGUGAUAUGUGAUUGGUAGCUAGCUACUGUAUAUCUUUUUUCAAGAAAAGCAAGGAAAAAAUAUGGGGAGGGAAACAAAAAUGCAAAUGCUCUUCUUUUCUUGGUCUUUUUAUUUUUGGCCUCUGUACUGUGCGUAUUUUUUUUUUCUUUCUAUGCGUCCUGAAAAUGUCACAUUGUGUUUAUGAAUGUUUGUGUUUUAAUUUAUUUGUGGUUUGCCAAAAUGAAGAUUUGAAGCAUGUUGCAGGUAUUGUCACAAGAAAAAACAAGAAGAAGAAAAAAAACAUACUACGAAUGAUAACCUUUGUGUUGUUGCGGUGGGGGAAGGUGUGUUUAUUUGGGGGGAUUCGGGGUAGUUAAGAAGGACAGAGGAUUGCAAAGCCUCAAGAAUUUCAAAAGAAGUAUUUAACUUCAUUUGGGAGUGCAUCAAAGAGGAAUCAAGAAAAUUCCCACGCUUCGACGAACACUUCCCAGUCCCCUCCAUGAUGUCACUGCUGUCUCUUCCCCAUUGGUCCUGCCUUGGACAUCUAGCGAUGUCUUGCGCAGUCAACACAAAGAUCUGGACUCAAAGUUCUCCACAGUCUCACACCUUGGAUCAGUGCGACCGCCCUGUGCUUCAAAUCUGACUCGUUAAGGGAAUCUGACCUGUGAUCAGUAAUUCUGGGCAACUUUGUCCCACUCCUUACUUGAGUGUUUGGUCGAGACGGAGGUCUCAAGAGUUCAGAAGGGAAAGAGGUCGUCGCGAGACCAAACAGGAAUGUGCAAUAAAAGUUACAGCUUAUUCAAA